UCAUCGCACCUUUUUGAUAUACAUAAAGCUCAAGACACCGUAGACUGCAAAUCUCAACUAUACAUCAACCCCACGGCAUCAAGAAACCUCCUCACCACCACAAACACAACACCUCACAAAAAAUGUUGAACACAACAGUAACCUUAACCCACACCACACCAAUCCCCCCCUCCCUCACCCGCGAAGCCGCCCUAGCCCUCAUCCACGACGCAGAACACCACAUCAACUGCGACCCCAACAUGAAGGACUACACGGCCCGCACGCCCGCCAUCCCGCCCACCGUGCCAAAGGACAUUGACCCCAUCGCCGCGACGCAGUGCUUCUCCGUCACCGACAGCGUGCCCACGAUGCUGCCGAAAGCCAUCUGGAACAGCGACGCCGUGAGCGACUACGAUUUCACGUGUACAAAGGACGGCAGCUUCGUCCGCACGAGUUGUCCGCUCAGUGUCUUGCUCGAGACGCGCUGGCGCGUAAAGGAUGCCGAGGGGGCCUUGGGCGAUGGGGCCUUGGAGUUGGAGGAGGUUGUUGAGAUUCGGUGCUCGAGGCUUUUGGCUGGGGUUGUCAAGUCGCAGUGUGAGAUGAAUUGGAAGGGUUUCCACGAGAAGAUUCUGGCAGGAAAGACGGCGUGAUUUGAUUCAAAGAGGAGCGAGUGUGAGAAAGAUGAAAUGUCCGGAGGUAAUGUACCAGAUUCAAGUAUAGAUGGCAGACGCGGAC